AUGAAUGAUUUUUAUGAUAAUGAUUCUAAUUGUAAUCAAUCAAAUUCAGCACAUAUUACUGUACAAACUUACGAAGUUAUACCAAUAUCAACAAAAUUAGGUAUCAUUGAAUGGCUUGAUAAUACACGUCCAUUAAAAGAAUUUAUUGAGGCAAAUUAUGCACAAGCUAAACAUGAUAUUAUUUCACAAGCUAAACCAACAACUAAAUCAACCAGUAAUACAAUUAUGUAUGCUGAAUUAUUUAUUAGUUUAACAAAAGCACAAGUACAAGACGAAUUUAAUAAAAUUCAAUCUGUUACACCUAGUGAUUUACUUCGACGUGCUUAUUAUAAAAUGACUAAUUCAUAUGAAGGAUUUGAUACAUUACGUAGACAAUUUAUAAAAAGUUUUGCUGUUUUAUGUACAAGUCAUUAUAUUCUUAGUAUUGGUGAUCGACAUCAAUCGAAUUCUGAUCUUAAAUUAAAUAAUUUUCUUCAUCCAUCAAAUUUGAAAGAAGCACUUGAUCAAAUGGAAAAAGUAGUUGAUGGUGAUCAAACACAAAAUAAACGUACACAAAUUUUAAUGCAAUAUAAAUCAAAUCGUUGUCAUAAAUUGACAGUUGAUGAAUAA